AUGCCCGAAACAGUGAUGAUCUCAAGUAAAAGAAAUGUUUUUGGCAGCAAGGGGAGAACGGGUUUGGAUUUCAUGAUUUUGGUGGUAACAGGGUCAUGGUUUUGUUUGACUGCUUUAUGUGUCUCAGCUACAACACAAGCAGACCCCCCAUCACCUCAAAAAAACCAAAAGCUAAGGUUUGGUCAAAAUGGAGAAUUCAAGAUAUUACAGGUGGCAGAUAUGCACUAUGCAAAUGGCAAGACCACACCUUGCUUGGAUGUGCUCCCUUCUCAGAAUUUUUCUUGCUCUGACCUCAAUACCACUGUCUUUGUUAACAGAAUGAUCCAAGCUGAGAAGCCUAAUCUUAUUGUCUUCACUGGAGAUAAUAUCUUUGGGUUUGAUUGCUCGGAUUCAGCUAAAUCAUUGGAGGCUGCAUUUGCUCCUGCAAUUGCAUCAAACAUUCCUUGGGUUGCUGUUUUAGGCAACCAUGACCAGGAAGGAACCCUCUCUAGGGAAGGGGUGAUGAAACAUAUUGUUGGGAUGAAAAACACAUUAUCUAAAUUCAAUCCUCCAGAAGUACAUAUCAUUGAUGGUUUUGGGAACUAUAACUUGGAGGUUGGAGGUGUUAAAGGCUCAGGUUUUGAAAAUAAAUCAGUGCUCAACCUGUACUUUCUUGAUAGUGGAGAUUAUUCCAAAGUUUCUUCAAUUUUUGGUUAUGAUUGGAUCAAGCCCUCCCAGCAACUUUGGUUCCAACGAACAUCUGCAAAGCUUAAGAAAGCGUACCUAAGUGGACCAAUGUCUCAGAAAGAUGCUGCUCCUGGUCUUACUUAUUUCCACAUCCCACUACCAGAAUAUGCUAGUUUUGACUCAUCAAACAUGACAGGUGGGAAGCUGGAACCGGAUGGCAAUGGCAUUAGUUCUCCUUCUGUGAACUCUGGCUUCUUCACAACCUUGGUUUCAGCAGGAGAUGUGAAGGCAGUUUUCACUGGUCAUGAUCACCUCAAUGACUUCUGCGGCAAUCUUAUGAAUAUACAACUUUGUUAUGCUGGGGGAUUUGGAUACCAUGCUUAUGGAAAGGCGGGGUGGCCUAGGAGAGCAAGAGUGGUGGUAGCUAGCUUGGAGAAAACAGAGAAAGGAAGUUGGGGAGAUGUCAAGUCAAUUAAAACAUGGAAACGACUUGAUGAUCAGCAUCUUACUGGAAUUGAUGGUGAGGUCCUGUGGAGCAAGAGCUCUGGUGGUAAGAUAUCCUCUGAUACUUGUAAGACUACUCUUGUUCUGCAUAAACUGGAUACAGAAUGA